AUGCGUCUCUCAACGUCGUCUUUGACUCUUUAUCUCACACUUUUCGUGCUCUUAGCAUUCGUUCAUGCUUUACCUUAUGGCAACUUUUGGAACAAUUGGCCUAGCACCACUACACCCCAACCUGUUACGCAACCACAACCGCAAUCACAACCCAAUCCUCAACCUCAGACCAAACCUACAAGAAAGUUCCGUUGCGGUGAUGAGCCUGGAUCGUACUGUGGCAUAUAUCCUCCUAAACAAACAACCGUAUCUCUCACGCAAAAGCGAUUAUUCUCACAUUCAAAAAUGGUCGCAAACAAGUACAAGUUAGCCAUCAUUGGCUCAGGAAAUUGGGGAAGUGCAAUCGCACGUAUUGCAGGAAUGAACGUUCAAAGAUAUCCUGAAUUAUUCGAAGAACAAGUAAACAUGUACGUUUAUGAAGAACAAGUUGAUGGAAAACCAUUAACGGAAAUCAUUAAUAAACAACAUGAAAACGUCAAAUAUCUACCUGGAAUCACACUUCCGGAUAAUAUCGUAGCUGUCAAUGAUGUUGUCAAAGCUGCAAGUGGAGCAGAUCUUUUGAUCUUCGUCUUACCUCAUCAAUUCAUCCCUGGCAUUUGCACUCAAUUGCGUGGAAAGGUUAGCAAAAACGCUCGUGCUCUUUCCAUGAUCAAAGGUGUUGAAGUCAAGGAUAGCAACAUUCGUAUCUUUGCUGAUGUGAUUGAAGAAAUUCUUGGAUGCAAAACAAUGGCACUUUCUGGAGCAAACAUUGCAAACGAAGUCGCUCAAGACAAAUUCAGCGAAACCACAAUCGGAUAUCGUGAAGGAGAUCUAGAAAGCGCAGAGAUCUUCCAUAAAGUCUUUGACAGACCUACUUUCAAAGUUGGAAUGAUUGAAGAUGUUGCAGGUGUGAGCUUGUGCGGUGCUUUGAAGAACGUCGUCGCUAUUGGUGCCGGAUUCUGCGAUGGAUUAGAAUGGGGUUCAAAUGCCAAAGCAGCAAUCAUGAGAAUCGGAUUGAUGGAAAUGAAAAAUUUCUCGGAAGAAUUCUUUGAAGGCGUUAAAGCUGAAACUUUCACAGAAACAAGUGCAGGUAUUGCUGAUUUGAUCACAACCUGUUUCGGAGGAAGGAAUCGUAAAUGCGCUGAAGCAUUUGUCAAAACUGGAAAAUCUUUUGACGUUCUUGAAAAGGAACUCCUUAACGGACAAAAGCUACAAGGAAGUGAAACUGCUCGUGAAGUUUAUCAAUUCUUAGCAGCCCGUGGAAAAGUGGAUGACUUCCCACUUUUCAAAGCAGUGUACAAUAUCUCAUUCGAAGGUGGUGUAGCACAAGAUUUGGCAAGCAAAUUGUGA